AUGAAUUCGCUAGUGUUUUCAGAGGAUGAAAGCGCAGACUUCAUCUGGUCUCCUCCGAGUGAUGAUUGCUACUGGUUCAACUCAAUUCAGACCAACUUAACUCGGACUAACUCGGAGUUGCGAUUCGAGAAGUUCAUGGAGGAGUUCUCGGCCACAACUUCGGCUGCAGAGCAGGCCUAUAAUCCGCCAGUGAUAGACAUAGAUUCUGAUUCUGAAGAGUGGGAGGAAGCGGUAAAGUUUGCUGAUGGGUGCUUGGUUUCGGACAUGAUCACUGACGAGUCCAACUCCGAUGUCAAUAGCAUGUUGUCAAUGUCCAAAGAGCUCCCGUUGGAUCUUCCUCCUCUGCGAGGAUAUCUUAUAAACCAGCUCCAACGCGCUUGCGCCUCUGUUGCUCAAAGGUGGCAGAGGUCAAAGCCUCCAACUGCUAAUGGUAGUGGUCGUGAUUUCCCUAUGGCACAAAGUCAGGUUUAUGGAGCACCACAUGAAAUUCCAGCAUUACCUCCUUUGCAGAGAAGAUCAGGAGCUCAAGUCAAACAAGCAGCUUGUGGAUCUUCCAGAGAUGAGGCAAGACAUGUUAGGAGGAUGAUGGAAAAUCCAGAAUCAGCUAGAUGCUCUAUAAUAAGAAAAGAAGAAGAGAUGAAACAAAUUGAGAGAGAGGUUGGUGUUCUUAAGGCUGCAUACUCUAAAUUAUUAGAGAAUCUCUCGGUAAUGGAAAAAAAGUGUGGCACAUCUUAUUAUGAGCUUAAAGUUUUAAGAGAUGAGAAUGAGAUAACGAAAACACAGAUCUCUAUGCAUGAGCUACAAAUUAUGCGGUUGACGGGGCUACACCCACUCAACAACCCAGAGUUUCUAGCUCUUGUCAAUAGCCCGACACAUGCAUCUAAAAAUGCUGCCUGGCCGAUUCCAUCGAGGCACCAGUUCUUUCACCAGCAAGUACCUACAGUUGCCAAUGGUACUCCACAAUUGCAUACAACAACCCCCAAUUCCUAUUUUUGGAAACCAACAAAAUGAUAUUGGGGUAAACAAAGCAGCUAAAAUGAGUUUGAUGUAGAACACAGCUAGCAUGCAGC